AUGGAGCUACCGUUUCUUCUGUCCCUGACCCUCAUGAUAUCCUCGCUCACGGUUCUUGGUCAAUAUGGAAAAUGGUCCGAUCUCCCAACCUGCGCUCUGGGAUGUCUCGACCGCAGCACCACUACCAUGGAAGAGUAUUGGCCCAAUGGUUAUCUGCCUGUCAUCUGCGGCUUGAGCUCCCCAGACCACAAAGCGUUCAAGCUUGCCCUGCGCAGUUGCUUUUAUGAGUCGAAGGCUGAAGGAUGCAAUGGUACCAGUGGCCUGACGUCGCUCGUGGACGACACCAUCAAUCUCUUCUGCAAUCUGUCAAGCAAAGACAGCACACUAUUUGACAGCGCGAAUCUUAACGGCACAAUGACAACAACAAGAACUUCAGUUACACCUGAUUCAAGUGUCUUGAGUGCUCAGUGGAUCCCGACAUUGACGGCUGAUAAAGAUGUUAGUCAAGACGGUACUCCUGUGCCUCCCAGUCCUUCUGAUUCCUCCUUUGCCACCGCCGCCGCCACCCCCACCGCAGACUCCGUAGAAACUUCAAACUUGCCCAGCAUCGCGGUUUCGACUCGGUUCAGAAAUUUGAGCUCCCCUCCGUCCACCUACACGAGUCGUCCUCCGCUACCAACAUUGCCAGGGAAUGAGUUGAACAGUUCAACCGAGGUCGAGGUGUCGACCAUCUACUCCACUCACGUUGUCACGUUCAGCGGUAGCACCUCGACUUCCUUGACCACAUCAAUGUACCCGGAAUCUAGCCUACGGACAACGACGGUGGUGGUGACAGCGUCCUCAGCAUCAGUCUCAUCAGCUGGUACUGCUUCUUCGGGAAAAAUGGUCAUGCGGAGCGACAUGUGGUAUCUGUUUGAGAGCUUUAUCGGGCUAGUGAUCUACGUAACCAUGAGAGGAGAGUGGUACCUGGGCUAG